GGGCCACCCACGUGCUGCCGCCCCGCUUGGCCCCGCCGGGGCUGGAGACGGAUCAGUCUCGGCGCCCCGGGCCCGCCCAGGAGCAUCCAGUGUCGGCUCCUCCCAGCGCGGCCGCGCCUCCCCCGGCAGAGGCAGAGGCAGGUCCCCUGGCAACCCGCGCCGCCAGCAGGCGGGGAAUUAAAUUUUAAUUCCCGAGGGCGCCCGGCGAGCCAGGGCAGGACGCGAACCGGGGGCGAGCUGCGAGCUCUGCGCCGAGCCGAGACGCGGGCGAUUGGCCGCUUCCCCGCCACGGCGCGUGGCUCCGGCUUUGGGUCCCGGGGGAUGCGGGGCCGCCGGCGCUAGUGCCGCUCUCCAGCCCCGGCGCACUCGGAUCAGGUGCCUUGAAAGGUCCCCGCCUCACCCGAGCUCGGAGCCGGCCCCGGAGAACCUGCUCGCCGGGCCAUGGAGAAGUAUGAAAAAAUUGGCAAGAUCGGAGAAGGCUCCUACGGGGUGGUGUUCAAAUGCCGGAACCGAGACACCGGCCAGAUCGUGGCUAUUAAGAAGUUCCUAGAAUCGGAAGAUGAUCCGGUUAUAAAGAAAAUCGCCCUGCGAGAGAUCCGGAUGUUAAAGCAACUGAAGCACCCCAACCUGGUCAACCUGCUGGAAGUCUUCAGGAGGAAACGGAAGCUCCACUUGGUCUUUGAAUACUGUGACCACACGGUUCUCCAUGAGCUGGACAAGUACCCGCGGGGGGUCCCAGAGCAUCUCGUGAAGAGCAUAACUUGGCAGACCCUCCAAGCUGUAAACUUUUGCCAUAAACACAAUUGCAUACAUCGGGAUGUGAAGCCAGAAAACAUCCUAAUAACGAAGCAUGUGGUCAUUAAACUUUGUGACUUUGGAUUUGCUCGCAUACUAACUGGCCCUAGUGAUUAUUACACAGACUAUGUGGCUACCAGAUGGUACCGUUCUCCUGAGUUACUUGUAGGAGAUACUCAAUAUGGCCCUCCUGUGGAUGUCUGGGCAAUAGGCUGCGUCUUUGCAGAGUUGUUGUCAGGUGUCCCCUUGUGGCCUGGAAAAUCAGAUGUGGACCAGCUGUACCUAAUCAGGAGAACCUUGGGGGACCUUAUUCCCAGGCAUCAGCAAGUUUUCAGCACUAAUCAGUUCUUCAGUGGGGUGCGAAUUCCAGAUCCAGAGAACAAGGAGCCACUAGAAUUGAAAUUCCCUAACAUUUCAUAUCCUGCGCUAGGACUAAUGAAGGGCUGCCUUCAUAUGGACCCUGCUGAGAGGCUCACAUGUGAACAGUUACUGCAACAUCCAUACUUUGACAGCAUGAGAGAAGCAGGAGAUUUGGGAAGGGAGCAUGAAAAAGCCACUCGGAAACCAACCCGGACCACUCGAAAGCACAUGCCAGGGUUACAGUACCUGCCUCAGUUAACCAGCAGUAACAUUUUACCAGCUUUGGAUAACAAGAAGUACUAUGGCAACACAAGAAAAUUAAACUACCAUUUCCCCAACAUCUAACAAGAUGGCAAGUCACUACUAAGAGAGAGCUAUUUAUUGUUCCAAGUGCAAGCCUUCAACAACUUCUAAAAGGAACACUUAAGGUGAAGUUACAAUAGACACAUAAGUGAUCUCUGAAGUUAGUUUGUGGUGGGUCACCAAUGGAAGGAAACCUCUGCAUAGAGAGCUCAGAGCUGCAUGCUAAUCAGUAUUCUAUGUAUAAAGGAGAACACAAGUGUUUUGUUUUUGUUUGUUUUAGUUUAGUGAUUAUAUUGUGGUUCAGCGUUACCAAGACCCACGGCUUACAGCAUGGGACUUUAAUAAACCACAUUGAGUGCCUGUAUUCAAGACUUGGCAGUUAAGUCACAAGCAUGCCAAAUAAGUUUGUUUUAGAAAGUCCCAUUGUGUCAAAGCAUUAAAAAUAAUGAAAAAAUAUACUAGAUAUUACACAGCACUAGAUAGUUGAAACACUUAUGCAUAUGCAUAAUUUUAUUCCCAUGAGCAGGCCCAACGGUAGGACUUCCUAUGUGAGGAAAGUUACUUGUGUGAGUUUGUAAGAAUGGGGCUGGGGACUGUUCAGCUAAUUGCAGCAUUCACUCAAUUGGCUGAACACGGUAAAAUAUAUUUGUAAUGUACAAAUACGGUGUUAGGAACAUUAGAAAAGCCUACGGUAAACGUAAUGGAAUGCCCAAUAGACUACAGCAUUGUCACUGAUGGUGGGGACAAUAAAAUAGAUACAUACUCUUUUAGUAAAACCUUGCUGUUGCUUUAGAACAGGGAUCUCAAACUCAAAUCACCAUGAGGGCCACAUGAGGACUAGUACGUUGGCCCGAGGGCCGCAUCAUUGACACACACAGCCCCACUGACCCCGGCCCACCCCCACUCCACCCCUUCCAUGAGGCCCUGCCCCUCCCCCACCUCUUCCCACUCCUUCCCCGCCCCUAUUCCAACCCGUUCUCCAAAUCCCUGCCCCUUCUCCACCUCCUCCCCUGAGCGCACGGCUCCCCACUCCUCCCCGUUCCCUCCUGGAAAGCGCUAAGCGCCACCAAACAGCUGUUUGGCGGCAGGAAGCGCCUAGAGGUAGGCAGAGAAGUGGGGACGCAGUGCGCUGGGAGAGAUGGGGGGCAGCGGGGGAAGGGAGCUUGGCGGCCACAGGAAAUAACUCGGGGGGGGGGGGCACGGGGAGCUUGGCGGGCCGCAGCAAAUAACUCUGCAGGCCACGUGUUUGAGACUCCUGCUUUAGAAUAUGUUUUUAGGUUUCCCCUGCUUUCUCUUUCUGGCAUUACCAAGAGAUUUCACUUGUUAUUUGGUCAGUACCAGAAACCGGUCACCUGUGGGUUAUACUAGAAAGGAAUGGGCUGGAAGGCCUCCAAAAUAUCUGUACUAGGAUAAAUCUCAUUUCUUUGUGUAAUCUCAGGAUGUAAUACUUGAUUGGUUUUGAAUAAAAUUAAUGUAGCUCACCUUUC